GAUGUAUUUAUUUACCUGGAAUUGAUAAUUAGCACGCCAGAACUCAUCUCUUUAUACUCGAAACUGUCCCUCAAACAACCAAUCCCAUUUUGCUACCACACAAUUCCAUUCCUCCUAUGCUACUUCCUCUUGCCAGAAUGAAUUCCUCGGCCUUUUCUUUUCUUUCAGAUUUUGUUCUUGUUUUGUUGCUCUUCAUUCAUGUCCCUUCAUCCUCGAGCAACGAUGACCUGUACACUGCCUGUAGUAAAAAGUUUGAAUGUGGGGGUAUUUCCGCGGGUUUUCCGUUCUGGGGAAAUGACAGAUCACCUGACUGUGGCCUUCCUGAAUUGGAGCUCAGGUGUGAGAAUAAUAUCACCAAGAUGAAUAUCAAUCAGGUUGCAUAUCGUGUUUUGGGAAUCCAUCAGGAUGAUAGAAUUCUCAGGAUUGCAACAGAGGACUCCUUUGUUGGAUUGUGUUCACCUCAAUUUAUGAACAGCAUGUUCAAUCCUAAGGUUUUCGAGUCUGUUGAGGGUUACACAAAUCUGAUAUUCAUUUAUGGUUGCAAGGAUGGUCCUCCAACCAUACCUUUCACUUGCAAAAUAAAUAAGGUUAAUGAUCAAGAUGUUUAUAUCCAAGUAGGAGAUACUGGUCCUGGCGAAUGCUAUCGUAGUGUCUUAGUGCCAUUUUCUAUAACAAAUUGGCCACGAAUCCAACAACCUGUUACUGUCCAAGUUUUGGAAGAACAGUUGAGAAAAGGAUUCGAGGUAAGAUGGAAGGUCGAUAGGCCGGAGGCGUGUGGGGAAUGCAUCAGGUCUAAAGGAGUUUGUGGUAUUGACCAUGUAACUAAGCAAACAACUUGUUACUGUCCAAAUCAAUCAAGUGGAUCAAAAACAUGUGCUCGAGGGUCAAACCGUCUACUCAAAAUAGGGCUUAGCUCAGCAGGUGCUGUUGUUGGUGCCUUUUUGGGAUGCUGGAUCAUGGCCUUUAUACAACGGAAGAGAAGAAAAGCUGCACUAGAGAAAACCGAAGAACUUCCUAUAGCAACUCCUUCAAGCAAAGGCCUUGCCACCUCUACUAAUCUCUCGCAAACCACCCCUUCUCUUACCUCCUUAAAGUCUGACAUUGAUAAGGGUAGUACCUACUUUGGAGUUCGGGUUUUCAGCUAUGAUGAACUUGAGGAAGCAACCAACUUUUUUGAUUCUUCAAGAGAACUUGGAGAUGGAGGGUUUGGCAUUGUUUAUUAUGGUGUACUCAGGGAUGGACAUGAGGUUGCCGUCAAGCGCCUAUAUGAGAACAACAUGAAACGUACUGAGCAGUUUAUGAAUGAAAUUGAGAUCCUAGCUCAUUUACAACACCGGAAUCUGGUGAAACUUCACGGAUGUACCUCGAGGCACAGCCGGGAGCUUCUACUCGUUUAUGAAUACAUUCCUAAUGGAACUGUUGCUGAUCAUCUUCAUGGAAGACAGUCAAACUCUGGUUUGCUCACUUUGCCUGUUCGGCUAAGCAUUGCCAUAGAGACAGCCAGUGCGCUGGUGUACCUCCAUGCUUCAGAUGUCAUACAUCGAGAUGUAAAAACCAAUAACAUUCUCCUAGACAAUGACUUCUGUGUCAAAGUGGCUGAUUUUGGUUUGUCCCGAUUGUUCCCAACUAAUGUCACUCAUUUAACGACUGCUCCACAAGGAACACCUGGAUAUGUUGAUCCGGAGUAUUAUCAAUGCUACCAACUCACGGACAAGAGUGAUGUUUACAGCUUUGGCGUAGUCUUGAUUGAGCUGAUAUCAGCUUUACAAGCAGUGGACACCAAUAGGCGUCGGCACGAUAUUAAUCUGUCUAACAUGGCAGUCAACAAAAUCCAAAAUCAUGCUUUGAAUGAGUUGGUUGAUCCAUUUCUUGGAUUUGAUAAGGAUUUCGUAGUGAGGAGGAUGGUAACAUCAGUUGCAGAAUUAGCUUUCCGGUGUUUGCAACAACAGAGGGAAAUGAGGCCAACUAUGGAAGAAGUGUUGGAGAUAUUGAAAAGAAUUGAGAAUGAAAAUUAUGGAGCAGAAAAGGCAGAUGUAUUGGAUAUUAGUGAGGAUGAUGUUGGGCUAUUGAAGCAUGCUUCUUCCCCACUUCAACUUUCAGCAGACUCAAUGAGUGAUCAAUUCUUGGGAAGCAGUUCUUCCACUAACACACCCCAUUCCUACUAGCUGUAGAGAUUUCCUUUUCCUUUUAGCUUAAAAUCCGAAUUCGCGGUGGCUGAUAUAUACCUAUCAGAAGAAGCUUAAUAGUACAUCUGUACCGAAUCCUCUAAAGCUAGAUCAAGCAAAACUAGAGAAGAACAGGAAAGUUAUUAAUUAGACGUUUCUCACUUUCGAAAGAUAUAUACACUACUGGCAAAGGAAUGAAUCCAUCAAAAGAAUCAGAAAUACAAGUUGGAGAGGAAUUUCUUCAGAUUGAUUACUGUCCCAACUUCCAUACAUAACAUUUCAGUGUGUUAAAAGUUUUGGUUUUUUUCAGGUUUCUGAUCUUAUGUCGUUAAUUAUCAUGUUAUUUAAACAGUCGGACACAGCUUUGAGCCUGCAACAAGAGAAUAGAUUGAAGCAGGUGGGUGUAACAAUGAGGAAAGCAGGCUCUUACAUGGGAAAACUGAAGAUGAACGAGGGGAGGGGAAUUUUGACAAGAUGGGAAACACUUCUGUAGAAAAGUUGUCCGAUCUGUCGUCUUUCUACAACAUGAUAGGCCAGACGUUGGUUGUUGAUUGAUAGUUUUCUUCUGUUUUGAGUUUUUAUAUGUAUAUAUAGAAAAUUUGAUGAAGAAAUUUGUGUCUCUCUUCUAACAUUCAAUUAUUAUGAUUGAAAAAAACAUAAAGCAGCGAGGGUAUUAGUUUUCUAA